UCUAGACCGGACCUGGGCAUUCUGAAAUCAUCUGAAACUAUCCGUGUUUUGACCCGCUGCCGUUGGUCUGUUCCUCUGCAUCUGCCAGGCUGGGGGUCGUACGUCACCGUAGUGAUGUUGAACAGCUGACUAAGUGCUUCACUGUCCUGAGCUAAACUUAGCUUUGACAAUACCAGCUACCAGCACACUGGCAUGCUCCCCAUGUUACAAUGAAGCACAGGGUAAAUGGUGUAGAGUUACUGCAGAUGGCUGUACUAUGUGAGCUGCACCGUCCAUACGAGGUAAGUGUGUCAUGACAAACAUGUAGUUGGGUUGGUAAGCUGGACUUUUGAAUGUGUAUAACAAACUGCUAUUAUUGUUACUUAUGUUUUUCCCAUGCGGUACUCUGUAUACCCAUGUUUAGAAUCAAAUUAGAGAACUAAAAAGAAGAAUACUAAGACUGAGAAUACUAAAUCUAUUCUUUCAACAACUACACUACCGGUCAAAAGUUUAAGAACACCCAGAUAUUUCCAGUUUUCGUCAAAAUAUUUGAUAGAAUCUGGAGAUCUUUAAACAGUCACUUUGCUCAACAUCACCUUGGCAUUACUCUAUCACCAUGGGCAACGUUAACUCCGCCCUCACUGCUGGUAAGACACACUGCCAUUCUGUGCAUUCCUCCAACAUGUUCCGUAAACACAUGAAACCAUUCGAACGCUUCAUAGAUCCUUUACAAAUGUUUCCAGGUGCAUUACACAUUGUCAUUGUGUUGCUUAUCUUCCGUUUCACAGACAUUGAAGAUUUCGAUUCAAUUGUGUCUGUGUCGGAGAGACUGAAUGAGCUGGCCACCCAUGUGGCAGAUGAGAGACUACAGGCACAGCUUUUGUCUCUGGCUUCUCUCCCUGACCUACAAGUGACCCAAACACGAAAGCAUGAAGACCAAGGCAGUGACAAGAGAAAGGAGGCCACUGACAAUCUGGAAACCUCCCCUUCGAAGCUCCAAUUAUCCUCCACUUCCAUCACAUCUCACAUUGGAUCCAGUGCCAGAACUCCCCAACCCUUUUCCUCUCUGCUACCAGGGGCUCUGGCAGCUGUCCUGCCCACCGCUCUUCCCUCUCCCCUGACCUCUGACCCUGGGCUGAGAAGCCAUCCUGCUGGCCAGCUUCCAGCCACUCUAGAAGAGCUGAGGACAGAGCUAUGGGACUUGAGGGAGGACAUGGAACUCAUGAAGAGCCAACAUAACAAAGAAAUUAAACUGCUGAUGAAUGAGCUGGAUGAAGAGAAGAAAAUCCGCUUGUCAUUACAGGUACAGUGCAUAUUAAUAGGUGAACUUUUAAAGAGACAAGUCAUAAUACGGAUAAGUACAUGACUUCAUUCGUAGAAGUACAACAUCUGUAGUGCAGAAAAGUGGUGAAUGGAUUUUACGGUAUUUGUGUGGUUGUUUUCCCUCAGGUGGAGGUGCAACGGAUGAAGAAGAAAAUGUCCAAAUGAAAUAUGCACAGAGUUCAUGGGUACAGUCACAAAACAGCAAUCUGUUUUUCUUUCUCAGGAAAGCCCCUAUAUGAAACUUAGUCAUUAACAAGUAUUAUGGUCUA